CACAUACGUUUAACGUCCUUGGUUGCUGAGCCAGGAAAAGGAAAUGGUAACCGCCGUUUUUUAUUACGUUUAGCUCGUCGUUUGUCUCCUUACGGAAAUGCUAAACAGUUAUCAGAAAUCUAGUUGACAUUGGCUGUCCUCUGAAAGUCAAUCUCAACCGAAACUCGGUUUCUGAUUGUUUGUCUUUUCAUUUGCUGUUGUGUGAAGUGCAGUGACUCUCGUAUACUGGUGCUUUUAAGAAGUGAAUAGAAAGUGGAUUUUGAUUGACCUAAUGGCCAUUGCAAUGGCGGUAAAUGGGAUGUUGCUACGUCGUUUAAAUACUACAGGAUUUUUUCCGUGGGUAAUAUCGAUCCAUCAAGUGUUUUCAGUCAUCGUGUUAAUAUCGAACACGUACGGUCAAGUCAACGAAUUAAACAAAAACAAUGGGAUUAUGCUACCCAAUGUUGCAGAACGAAUCGUGAAAGCAGGUGACAACCUAACAAUCACUUGCAUGUUUAUCCAUACGACAGAUAUUGAAUGGACAUUACCAAAAGAUCCUUCUGCAGCGACCAGCAAACGUAUGGAACGAAUAGUACGUGAGGCAGUCUUCCAGAACGAAACUCACGUUUCAUCGACGAUAACAUUGACAAAGGCCACUGCAAAAGACACGGGAUUCUACGGAUGCUUUCUGCCUCAAUUUCCUGAGCUUCGAGUCAAACAAUACAUCUAUGUCUACAACCGUAGAGACCUUGUUUUUCUCAGUGACGAUCUGGGCAAGUUCACUUUGACGAACGGCAAAAGAGCUGAUAUUCCCUGCAAACCGACUCAUCCGGACGUGCGCGUGUCACUCAAACGCUGGAAUAGUUUUACAGUUGAGCCAUUAUCAAAGGAAGAAACACAAAUUGAUUUGUUAUCGGGGCCGAAAUGGAUUCUAGAUGUGCAGAGCGGAUUGACCUUGAACCAAGCGACCCUAAAUGACUAUGGCAGAUACGAAUGCGUUGGCAAACUUGGCAAUUCGACUUCAAAAGUGUUCUUCAACAUCGUCAUGAAUGGAAUUGAAUUGACACGAAAUGGCAGUGAUCCGGUGCUGGAAGGAAGUAACGUCACGUUGGUCUGCCGAUCUUAUUUAGCCACCACUCCGCCACAAUGGGCGUAUUACCAAAAGGUGAACGACACCGAAGAACUCGUUCCAAUCGACGAACAGGACCCACCGUCCGAUUUCGCUAUAGACAUAGUGACGCAGAACAAGACGGCUCAGGGAGAAUUACCUUCCUUACGCAAUUACAAGAGUUUGUUGGUGAUGACGAACAUCUCCAAACGUUUCCCGACAAAGUUUCGAUGCAUGACACGUGGACUCGGCGAUAACUCGGUUACGACUUCUGCAUUGUUUGCAAAUACAGCGCCAAUGCAUUCCUUCACAAUCAUAAAGCCUGUAGUACCUUUCAUAGUCGACCCGGAGAAUUCGACAGUUUUGCUUGUCCUGGGACGCGAGACGAGUUUAAGGUGUGACGGUUAUGGAGUACCUGUGUCUACCUUUCAAUGGCUCAAGGAUGGCCAAAUUCUAGCCCAAAAUCGAUUGAUUUUAUCGACUGGCAAUUCGACAGUGUUGACUCUGCAAGGAACAACAGGUGAUAACGGCAGUUACGCUUGCCGACUGAGCAACAGCAUAACGCAGAGCUACAAAUAUUUCGAUGUCAAAUUCACCGACGAGUCUCAAAUGUCCAUCGCUUUGGUCAGCACGGUCUCCGUUGUGGUAGUCAUCCUCAUCGUGAUGCUCGGUACAGGAAUCAAACUCUACCAAGAUAAGAAGCAAAAUUUUUUUCCUGGUGCUCAAGCAUUGCUCAGAGGAAAUCAAAGAGAAAUUGACCAACAACUAGGAUUGGACGAACAAGUUGAAAUACUGCCCUACGACAAACGAUGGGAAUUUCCCAGGCAUCGACUUAAACUCGGUGUACAAUUGGGCGCCGGAUGUUUUGGUCGGGUAGUUAAAGCUCAAGCUAUUGGUGUUAAGGAUUGUGAGGAUACCGUCAAAACGGUGGCAGUGAAGAUGGUGCGAUCGCAAACGAAUGCCACAGCUCUCGAAGCUCUGAUUAGUGAAUUGAAAAUUAUGAUUUACCUGGGAGCGCAUCUGAAUGUCGUUAAUCUGUUGGGAGCUUGCACGAAAAGCAUCGUCAAAGGGGAGCUCUUAGUUAUCGUCGAAUAUUGCCGAUUUGGCAAUUUGCAAACGUAUUUGGUCAAACACCGCAACCAUUUCAUUAAUCAAGUGGACGAGUUGGGCAAUUUUCUGACGGAUGCGGAAAUGCAGGAGAGAUGCAAAAUGUCAGGCAAGACGAUGGAAUCGAUGAACGAUUGCACGGCUGUGAAUUUAAAUGAAAUGGAAAUGACAGCUCAACAUUCAGCGCAUUUAAACAACGAAUGUUCUGUUCCAAUGGCUGAGGCAAAUCGAUCAAACGAAGCUAGUGCUGCUGAUGGUUUAGAACAUGGCGAUGACGAACGCCCGCAAUCCAUGUGGGUUUGCCAACAAGACCCCGAGACUGCAAGAACCCACCAGUCAUCCAUUUGCACAGCUGAUUUGAUUUCAUGGUCUUUCCAAAUCGCUAGGGGCAUGGAUUACUUGGCUAGCAAAAAAGUCAUCCAUGGCGAUUUGGCUGCUCGCAAUGUUUUGUUGGCCGAUAACGGAGUGGCCAAAAUAGCCGAUUUUGGUAUGUCCCGCAAAAUGUAUUACAAGGGAAAUUAUAAACAAUCGGGACAGGGUUUGAUGCCAGUCAAGUGGAUGGCAAUUGAAUCGCUGACAGACCGCGUUUUUUCAACCCAGUCAGACGUCUGGUCCUAUGGCGUUUUCGUUUGGGAACUUUUCACGCUUGGUAAAGUGCCAUAUCCAGGUAUGGAAGCCAAUCACGAGCUGAUACGGCAACUGGAGAAGGGCUACCGAAUGGAGAAACCUGAUUUUGCGCCCAAUUAUUUUGGAGAAAUCAUGACGAGCUGUUGGAAAAUGGAUCCGAAGGAGAGGCCAACCUUCAGCCAAAUCGAAGAACUUGUUUGCAGCCAAAUGGAAUCGACAGUGUGCGCUAACUAUUUCAAUUUGAAUGAAUCCAAUGAAAAAUGCAACCGAGAGAAAGUCGAUCCUCCGGCCACUGAACCCUUGGGGCUUGUACAAUUGCUGGAUCGUGACGAGAAGCUGAGAAAAUCGAAAUCGUUGCCCCUCAGUCGUGCCAAUGCUGUGAGUAUUUUCAGUCAGAUCAGAAGAGGCUGGAGUUUGAACGAACAUUUCAUCAUCGGUUGAGAGUAUGGAUGAAAUUCUUCUUAACAAGGCCUAUGGAUAUAGGGGCUCAUUGAGAGCUCGAUGUUUCGUCCAACCGUAUCGUUUGUUUACAAUCGUGGCCUUGACUAUAUGCCAGUAGUUAACAAAUUCUCUGUACCAUUUUCACAUUUCGUUGAGUUUUAUUUAUUAAUUUCUUUUUUUUUCUCAUUUACCUGUAUAUCGUAACGUAUUCAUUUUUCAUUACUGUUUCAUCUGCCGUUAGCGGCAUCUGUUCCACUAAAUUCGACCCUUUUCAA